AUGACCGCUGGAUCACGUGCUAUCUAUCCAAAGAAUGCUGAGCAACGUCGCCGAUGGAUGACUGAGACAGCCAAAUUGUAUCUCAAGAAGAGCAGCAACAAACCACUCAGGAGCUGCCAAAACCGUUUCAGUAUUCCGCGUCUGCCAGCAGGUUAUCCAUUUUUACUCUAUUUGGCGGACACCCGUUUAAAGCGAAUCGCCGCAUUAGAAAUCCGCGCUUCCAAAAUGUGCGAAGCUAUGAAGAAUGAAGUUUUUGCCCCGCUUUGUAUCCAUACCAUGUUCCACAUUGCUGCUGCAAAUGAGGAAACCAUGGGUUUUGUGAGGAACUUAUGGUGA